ACUCUGCACACGGCCGUCGCAGAGCCUUCGCGUCGCCGCCGGGACUCCUCCUCCGCCGAGAGACAUGGCCGGCGCGGGGGACGACGCCGGGAUGGACGAGGUCCAGAGGCGCCUCAUGUUCGACGACGAAUGCAUUUUGGUAGAUGAAGAGGACAACGUUGUCGGCCAUGAAUCAAAAUAUACCUGCCAUCUGAUGGAAAAGAUUGAAACUUUGAACCUGCUCCACAGGGCUUUCAGUGUAUUCCUUUUCAAUUCAAAAUAUGAGCUGCUACUUCAGCAAAGAUCUAAAACAAAGGUGACGUUUCCUCUAGUAUGGACCAACACCUGCUGCAGCCAUCCUCUGUACCGUGAAUCUGAACUUAUUCAGGAAGACUUCCUUGGUGUUAGAAAUGCUGCUCAGAGGAAGCUCCUCGAUGAGCUGGGCAUCCCGGCUGAAGAUGUACCAGUUGACCAAUUCACCCCUCUCGGUCGGAUGCUUUACAAGGCCCCAUCUGAUGGGAAAUGGGGCGAACAUGAGUUGGACUACCUGCUGUUCAUCGUCCGAGAUGUGACAGUGCUCCCGAACCCAGAUGAAGUGGCUGACGUGAAGUACGUGAGCCGUGAGCAGCUACAGGAGCUCAUCCGACAGGCGGACGCCGGUGAGGGUGGCGUGAAGCUGUCCCCGUGGUUCAGGCUGGUCGUGGACAACUUCCUCAUGGGUUGGUGGGAGCACCUUGAGAAAGGCACGCUCAAGGAGGCCGUGGACAUGAAGACUAUCCACAAGCUCAAGUAAGGAAUGCCGCACACGCCGUGCCGUGGCUGCUCCAGCGUUCUCUGGCCAAAUUUUUAUGUUUGUUCAAUCAGUAAAGAAUUUAUCCACAGCUAGAUAUUAAUUCAACCGGUGCUUAAACAUCAACGUCUGUAUAAUCAGAGGAGACUUGUUGCAUUGGCUUAUGACGGCCCCUUUGGCAAUUUGUAUUCUCUGCAUUACAUAUUUACAUGUACGAAACUGAUGAUGAACUAUGAUGAUGAUGAUGAUGAUGA